AUGGAACCAAAUGGUCGUCAAAACGAUCGAGAACGAAGAAAGCAAGAUCUGUUCCUCCACUGCCCGGAAAAAUUCUACCUCUGCUCGGCGUUUUCUGACCACCCGCCUCCAAACGCCAAAGGCAUCACCGAAGAUUCCAGACUUUUACUCUACGCGUUGCACGAACAAGCGACCCGAUCUGGAGGCGUGAGAGAGAAGGAGGAACUACUCAAACCCACGUUUUGGCAAAGAAUAUACGACCCGGAAAGCGUUUUACGAUACGAGGCGUGGAAAAUGGUCUCAAACAUGCCCGCAAUCGUCGCCAUGGAGAAGUAUUGCGAAGAGGUUGAAAACUUCAACCAAAACUGGUGGCAGUUGAUGACUGAAACCUGCACGUACGAAGAGAAGGCGAAGAUGUUAUCGAUGGCGGACGAAUCCUCGGAGGAGUAUUAUUUACAGGUUGGGAUGCGGUUGCUCGUACCUCCGACGGGGACGGGGACGACGACGUCGUCGUCGUCUUCGGAGAGGGAGGGAAUACGGACGUUCGGAUCGGUGAUAUUUAGCGGCGGCGAGAGGAGUAGUAGUAGUCCGCGGAAAGGAAGAGGAGGGAAGAGUAGGUUCGCGUUGGAGAGUAAGAUGCCGGAAAAGAACGAGUGGAGGACGAUUGUCGCGCAACCGAUGAAGAAAACAACAACGGUGGCGAACGAGAACGAGAGUAGUAAUAAUAAUAGCAGCAGAGAAAAGAAGUUAGAAACGACCACGCGCCAACGAUUCCCGCAGAAAAGAUUCGGACACAUAGCGCAUAAAGUAGGCGAAGAGUUGAUUAUUUCGCACGGAAAUAAAGACGGACGAUUGUUGAGCGAUUGUUGGGCGCUGGAUUUGAUGGAGUUAAGGUGGAAGAGGAAAGAGUUGAAGUGGCCGGGGUCGCCGUGCGCGGACGCGGCUUCGAUCGCCACCGCGGAUGGAGAGAUUUACUUGUUUCGAGGCAUCGGCACGAAGAGCGACGAAGACGCGCUGUUGGUGACGACGAAUACGAAUAGUGAUAGCAACAACAGUAACAACAGUACUAAUAUCUUCGAGAAGAAGAUGAUGAUGACGGUUUCCAAGUUGGAUUUAUCGGACAUCGGAGGAAAGCUGAACGAGUUAAAAUGGCAACACGUCGCGGCGGUUGGAUCUGGCGGAUCUUCCGAUUUACCGUGCGCGAGAACGGGACACACGGCGACGUUGUUUGAAACUGACGACGUGGUGUACGUCUUCGGAGGCAUGUCCGUUGGAGACGCGAAGAAGAACGUGAAAUCUGUUCCUUUGAACGAUUUGUGGGAGUUUUCGUUGAUUACGAAAACGUGGCGACAGAUACUCACUACUACUACUACUAAAACGGAAGGAGAGGAGAGCGAAAAAUCGUCUCGUUCAAAAUCAUACGUUCCUUGCGCACCACCUACGGCGAGAGGAUCUCACGUCGCGGGAAGAUGCGGCCGUUUCCUUCUCGUAUUCGGCGGCGCAGCCGGGAACGUCUUGAGCGAUACGGACGUGCACUGUUUCGAUACGCGCGCGUACCAAUGGAUAAAAGUCGCCUCUGAAAUCUCCGACGAAGACGAUAAAAAGCUCAUUAAAAUAGCCCCACGAGCUGGUCACUGCGCGACUAUGUCAGAAGACGGCACCAAAAUGUUCAUCUGCGGCGGCGGCGAUAAUCAAUCCGCGUUGCUCGAAACGCUUUCGCUGGAUUGCUCCGAGCUCUUCUCCGAGUUCUCCGAGAAGAAGAAGAAGAAAACGAAGAAGAACGACGACGACCACGACGACAACAACAACAACAUCAACUCCUCCUCUUCUCCGCCAAAACUCUCCUGGUCUCUCCUCGUCGAAUCCUCCUCGUUAACCGGUAAAGAAGGCAUGACGUUAACCACGAUCCCGUGUCAAUCCGGAGAAUACUUGCUCGCCUUUGGCGGGUUGACCGGUACCUCUGAUUGCGAGGUCUCUUGUUUGCGCACUGUGUGA